AUGCCGUUCGAGAUCGCGGACGACUGGGACGACGACGCGCUCAUGGGCGUGGACGUGGACGCGAUAGCCGCGGCUCGGACGUCCGCGCCGCCCGCGGGUCCUUCAGAUCGCGACCCCGCGCCCGGGCACCGGCCGGCUCCGCGUCAGCCCCCGCCCGCGACGCAUCACCAUCGACCGCAGCAGCAGCCGAACCGCGCGACGGCGGCGGCGCCUCCGCGGCAGCGUCACCCGCCGCCGCAGCAGCACUUCGACGGCGGCGGCGGGCCGCCUCACCCCGCGAACGAAGGGUUCAGCGGGCACACGGGGUACAAGGGCGGGUUCAGCGGGCACGGCGGCGGCGCGCAGCAGGGCGGGAGGCAAGGAUGGCAGCGGCAGCGAGGCGGCGGCGGCGGCGGCGCGCGGUGGAACGCGAGCGACGCGAACCACCGCACCGGGCACGACGCGGUCGACCGCGCGCUCGCGUCGAACGCGCCGCGCUUCACCGCGAACAACCAACCUCCGGUGAACCAGAGGACGGUGACCACGAUGUUCGCCGCGAAGGGCGGGCCGAAGCAGACGUUGUUCCGCCCCGGCGUGGAGGAGAAGCAGCGGACGUUGGACUCGAUGUUCGGCGGGAGCGGCGGCAGGGGGGGCGGGGGAGGAGGAGGAGGAGGAGGCGAUGGAGAUGGCGAUGGCGGCAGCGCGGACGUGCUCCCGCACCAGCGUCCGAUCGAGAUCGACGGCGACGGCGACGCGUGGUGGAGCGCGCCGCCGCCCGUCGCGGCUGCGGCGGCGGCGGCGCCGCGACGUCAAGCCCCGGCCGCGGUGCACCACCACACGCACCCGUCGAAGUGGCAGCCCUCGCAGCACGUCGCGUCGACGCCGGAGGGGCAGUACGCCGGGCGGCUCACGCCGUCCGCGAUGGGCACGCCGAACUCGCAAGGGUUGAUUCGUUGCUCGGACGCGAACGGGAUGCUUCUCGAUCCUCACGCCGCGCAGUCGUACGUCUACCCCGGGCAGCUCGUCAGACGAGACUACCAGUACAACAUCACUCGAGACGCGCUGACGACGAACUCGCUCGUGUGCUUGCCGACCGGUCUCGGGAAGACGCUCAUCGCGGCGGUGGUGAUGUACAACUUUUACCGGUGGUUCCCGAAAGGCAAAGUCGUCUUCUUAGCCCCGACGCGGCCGCUCGUGGACCAACAGAAAGCAGCGUGUCGCGACAUAUGCGGCAUCCCUGAGAACGACAUCUGCGUCUUGAUGGGAAGCACGAAGAAGGACGAGAGCGGCACGCGAAGGGCGUUCUGGGACCAAAAGCGCGUGUUCUUUUGCACGCCGCAGACGAUGGAAAACGACAUCGCCUCGAGCGUGUUACCCGCGAAGGACGUCGUCUGCCUCGUCAUCGACGAAGCGCACCGGGCGAAAGGGAAGCACGCGUACUGCGGCGUCGUUCGAAUGUUGUGGGACAGGAACGUGUCGUUCCGGCUGCUCGCGCUCACGGCGACGCCCGGGCACGACAUCGCGGACGUGCAACAGGUCGUGAGGAACCUGAACAUAGGGAGGAUCGACUUUCGGUCGGAUAAAGACGUGGACGUGAAGCGUCACACGCACAACCGUUCGAUCCAGCUCGAGUCCGUGAAAGCGACGCGCGCGAUCUCGGAGGUCCAAGACAUGUUACGAGACGUCCUGCGACCGAUGCUGAAGACGCUGACGUCCAUGGGGGCGCUGCCGACCGAGGGCGUGAAGAUGGCGAGGUUCGUGGAGGGGACGUCGAAGGACAUUCCUCAGCCGUUCACGAUCCAGCUCGCGCAGCGCGACCUCCAGAACGGGAACACCGCGGUCCCGCCGGCGAAGAAAAACUACGCCUUCUCGCUGUGCCUCCAGUCGUACUUCAUCGCGCGCCUGAACGCGCUCCUGAGCGGGUACAGCGCGCAACAGGCGGUGGAUUACGUCGAGGACCAAAACACCAAGGGGUACAUCGGCGCGCUGUUCGGCGCGUCCCCGGUGAUGCGCGAGGUUCUGGACAUGCUGCGGUCGAUGGCUGGACACGGCGCGCACCACUCGCCGAAGCUCGCGCGCUUGACGCAGAUCAUUCGAAGGCACUUCGCGACGAAUAAUCCGGCGACGCGCGCGAUCGUGUUCACGAGCUAUCGCGACUCGGUGCGGGACAUCGUGAGAGCGUUGCGAGAGGUGACGGUCACGACCGGCGGCGGGAAUAACUUGGGCCCCGGGGAUCCCCUCGUGGACCCGGAGAAAGGGCAGAAAACCGUGACCGGGAUGUUCAGCGCCGCGUCCGGCAGCGGCGGCGGCAGCGGCGAUACCGCGGGGGUACCGCCCGAGGUGCCCGACGGCGCGGAGUGUCGCAUAAAAGUCGCGGAGUUCAUCGGCCAGGGCGACAGCAGCAAGGGCGGCGGCGGCGGCGGCGCGAAAGGCGCGGGCGCGGCGCGAGGCACGAAAGGGCAGUCGCAGAAAGAACAGAAGGCCGUCCUCGACGCGUUCAGGCACGGGUCGCUGAACACGAUCGUCGCGACGAGCAUCGGCGAGGAAGGGUUGGACAUCCCCGCCGUGGACCUCAUCGUGUUCUUCGACGUCGUGGACACGAUCCGGACGAUCCAACGCAUGGGGCGGACAGGCCGGGCGCGGGACGGUAAGGUCGUCGUCCUCGCGCUCGAGGGGAGAGAGGCGGAGAAGUUCAGCAAAGAACAGGGGAAGUACGAGCACCUCCUGCGAUCGUUGUCCGACCCGGGACGGUGCUUCCAACUGUGCAACGACUGCCCGCGGAUGCUGCCGGCCGGGCUGGACCCGCGGUGCGAACUAAAAGAGCUCGGUCCGACCCCGGAGGCGCUGAAAGCGAAGCGCGAGAUGGAAGCGAGAGGGAGCUCCGGGAAGAAGCGCAAAGGCGCGCGCGGGGGCGCGGGCCGAGGCAACGCGAGCGCGUUCUCGAUCCGCCCGUGGGACGCGCCGCUGACGACGGUGGAGCACUCGCUCUUGCAGGCGUACGACUGCGCCCCCCGCGCGAUGGGGCGGAUAGACAUGCAGAACGCGGCGCCGCUUCAGCGGCGCCCGACGCCCGUGUUCUCGGUCCCACACGGGCGGAUGUGCGUCGCGCUGAUGCGCGCGAUGUCCGCCGCGCAAGGGCUCCCGCCGCCGCUGGACGUUCGCGGGGAGUCGAUAGAAGGCGGCGCGAUCGCGCGCGAAGAGAAAGCGAAAGCGGACGCGGAGGCGGCGAGGGAUAGGGCGCACGCGGAAGCGAACGCGGACGCGCCGACGACGGCGUUUUACGCCCCGCCCGUGGAGUGGGACGAUGACGAGUGGGGCGACGGCGGGUUCGUGCCCGCAGCGUUCGACGACGACGUCGGCGGCGGCGGGAUCGACGACGACGACGAGCCGCUUCGAGCGAACUGGGACUCGCAGCGGUCGCACGGGUACGAAGCCCCCAUCCUGGACGCGAGCGCGGUGAAAGACGACGGACCUCGCGCGUCGGUGAGUCAAGCCCCCACGGAGUUGGACGAGCGCGCGGCGUGCGAAUACGACGACGACGACGUCACGCGAUCGAUCGACGCGAGCGGUAGUCACGGCGGAUUCAACGGAGUGGGCGGCGGCGGCGCGCACACCGGGGCGACGCAGCGGUUGGAUUUCACGGCCACGCUCGUCGACCCGUCGCCGCGGCGCGUCGUCGCGAACGAGGCCGAGCCGUGCGAAAACCCCGAGUGCGCGGUGAUAGGCUGCGAUGACCCAAAGCACGGCGCAUCGAGGAACGAUCGAACGCCGCUCGCGCAACUGACGCCGCCGUCGCAGCGACCGGGUUCGAACGCGAUGAACACUCAGGGCGCGAGCGUUCACGGCGACCCGCUGUGCGGCGAGGAGAACGACGACGUGUUCGCGACCGCGCCCGCGCCCGUGGCACGACCGUCGCCGUCCGCGGCUGAAUCCGCGCGCCAGCGCCUUCGCGAGCGCCUGUCGCAGCAGUCGCAGCAGCAGCGCGCGCACUCGCAAUCGCAAUCGCAAUCGCAAUUGCGACGACAAAACACGACGCAGCCGGAAGCGCAAGCGGACGUUCCCGACGACGACGACGAGACCAUCGCGGACAUCGCGUUCCACAUCAAGCAAAAGAAGCUCGCAGCGGCGGCGAAGAAACGCGCGACCGCGUCCGCAGAGAAGGCCGCGAAGGCGUCCGCGUCGAAGUCGAAGUCGAAGUCGGUUUCCGCGUCUCAGAUGCCGCCGCCGCCGCCGCGCGCGACGGUUCGCGAGGCUUCGACCCCCGGGUUCGACGUCGCGCCAACCGUCGACGACGCGGUCACCCCCGGCGCUGCGGACGGGUGGUGGGGUACCGGCGACGCGCAGGACGACGCGGUAGGCGGGUGGGGCGGUACGCAGAGCGGCGGCGGCGGCGGCGGCGGUUGGGGUGUGUCGCAGAACACGCAAACCAGCGGCGGAGGGUGGGGCGCGCCCGCGACGCAGGACGACGCCGGCGUCGGCUGGGGCGCGUCACAGGGCACGCAAGAUAGCGCCGGCGGGGGUUGGGGCGGGGUGAGCGACGCCGGCGGCGACGCCGGUUGGGGCGGCGGCUCGCCGUCGCAAAACGACGACGACGCGGAAGGCGGCUGGGGCGAUCCCCCGGACGAAAACGACGCGCGCGGAGGCGCGCCAGGGACUGACCCGCCGCCGGCGCCGCCCGCGUCGACGCCGGUUCAACCGACGCCGGACUCGGACGACCUCAUGGUCCUGAAACGUCGCAAGCGCGUCGCCGCGCCCGCGCCGUCGCCCGCGGUGGAACCCGUCCGACGUCGACCGCCGCCGCCGCCGCCGCCGUCGUUCGCGCCCGCCGGCGACGACGACGACGACGACGGCUGGCGCCGCGGCGGCGCGACGAAACGCGCGGACGUCCUCGCGGCGAAGCGAACGAAGCGCGCGAACGCGGCGAAGCAAGCCGCGGUGCAUAGGUUCAUGGACGACGUCGCGUCAGGGGACGACGACGACGACGACGACGACGACGGGUGGAACACCGAGGACGAGGCGUUCGUCGCCGCGACGCAAGGCGACGCGUUGGACGCGUCCGGGGACGAGCCCGCGCUGAUGCACCAACAACUCGCGCUUCUCGCGGACGCGCACACGCCGCUCGACGUCGCCGGCGUCGUCGGUCGUCGGUUUGGCCCGAGGGUGCGUCGCGACGUCGCGGACACGCCUCCUGGGACGACGCCCGGGACGGGGCGCUCCGGCGGCGGCGGCGGCGACGCGGCGAGUCAAUACGGCGGGAGCUGGAUCGACGACGACGAGGAAGCGACCGUGCUCGAGACGCAGUUUGGGGACGACGACGACGCGUCGGGCGAGUUGUUAGGGUCGGACGGAAACAUGGAGCGGUGCGCGCGCUGCGAGCGCGGAGGCGUUCUCGUGUGCUGCGACGCGUGUCCGGGGGCGUACCACUUGGCGUGCGUCGGCUUGGCGGAGACGCCUCCGGGGGCGUGGCUAUGCCCGGCGUGCGAGCGACGGUGACGGGCGGGACGACGAGAAAGGAAUGCUUAGUAGAUAGUUAUAUGCCGUCGACGUGCACGACGUGUGAUGAAUU